CGGAUUAUCACGCUCGAGCUCUAAGUCCAACUUGCAUACGAUACGAUAAUUUCCUCCUUCACACAUAUCCCUCUUCCUAACCUCUACACAUCGUCAAGAGUACUCCAUAAUGGACGUGGCUUACAAUCACCACUCACCUUACUCGAGGCACAACAGUCGAUCACAUACGAAUCUCAAUCACCUAACUCUUGCGCCAUUGACGACUCGACUGCCCCUCUCAGAUCCCGACGCUCUUCCAGAAUCUGCCUAUCAUGUAUCAUACAUUGAAGGCCGCUCAGCACCAACGACACCUUCAAUUCUAUCGCGUUCUUCGUCUCGAGUAUCCUUGCGCAAACCUAUGAAUCUCUCGAUACCCAAAUCGAAAUCGAGCACUCACCUACUUGCCUCUCGAAAACAGCCUCGGUCUGGACCGACGACACCAGGUGGCACAAAACUGAAGAAAAGCAUAACGAAAGACGAGCUCUAUCUAAGUACUCUAUCUGCUCAGGAUAGAAACGACUCGGAUUGGCUUCUGCGGGCUGGAGCUGCGAUAUCAUCGUCGACUAGAGAAUCAAAGGGUCAAUCGUGGCUAGUGUCGAGGGCGAGUUCUACAAGUCUUACAGGUCAAAGGGACGAGGACGAAGAGGAGCUAGAGCGGACACUUGCAAGGGAGAGGGAACACAAUAGUAAACGAGCCAGUAGGAGGGGAAGUGCUAUAGGGGCCUUUGAUGCCGACGACGAGUUCUCACCUGUCACAACAAGGCGGAGCUUAAGCUUUGGUCCUGCUACCGGACAUGGAAGUAGACCUGUGAGCGGCUUUGGAAGCAGGGGAAAUAGCCGGCGCGGUAGUCGAGCACAACUGUUUACACCGCUGAUUGGAGAACGAGAUGGAUAUUUUGACCAGCGAGACUUCCCCCGUGAGGAGUACAUUACGGAACCUGAUUUUGUGGAUGUCGACGAGGAAGCUUUAAAUAACGAGGAAGAAGACGACAAGAAUGACGAAGCCGUGAUCAAGAAGCUUGCAAGAGCGAGCAAUAUUGGGCUAGGAGGAUGGGUUGAGAAAAUGCUUGGUUGGAGUCUUUUCGCUGUCGACGAGGAUGGGGAAGAUGAAACGGAAAUGAUAGAUGAGAAAGGGGAAGAGUCUGAGAUCUCGUCAACAUCAAGGAAAACACUCGAUGGUGCCACCGACCCUCUCCCGGGAGAUGUUCCACCGCCUCUCAGAGACGAUGAAGCAGGGGGUUGGCAAGAUGCUGCUUGGCUACUGAGUGUGGCUACGAAGGUCUUACUAUAAGUGCCUGUUU